AUGGAGGCUCACGUUUGGAAAACGGACGAGUGUCUACGUGCUCCCCCUGGCACUCUGGCAGGAGACUGGAAGAGCCGUGAGGCAUACGUCCAGGCACCUUGGCGAGAGUCCCCACGUAUUGUAAUGGACGAGUGUGAGAAGGUGGUAUCCGUACACGAUCGCAUGGUCAAGGAGAAUACACGCGUAUCAAUGUACACGGAUGGCAGUGGAUAUCAAGGCUUUAUCGGCAUGGGUGAUGGUGAUUCCUCAGUUGCGGCGACAAUUAACAGAGUGUAUCGGUACGGAGGACAUGUCAACGGAGUACGCGGCGGAGGCAUGUGGAAUUCGGUUCGCUUUACGCACAUUGACGAGCGAGCGCUCAUGUGGACACGAAUUAAAGGAUUCCGACGCACCACCAGUUUGCAAGCGUUAUUGGACGAGAAGAAUGCUGCAGUAGCGAUUGCUCGAUUCAUUCACGAUACAGGGAUCUUGGCUCAAUUCGUGGGCGCGGAUCUGCAGGCAAUGGAUACAACGGAGCAAGAAACAGAUAACCAGGGCACUGACUUGGGUACACAUAUGACAACGGUCCCAGGUGAUGCGAGCGCCAGGUCUGCUCACCUCUCCGUAAGGACCAAUGACGAAGCGGAUACGAGCCUUGGACCGAUGGAAAUUGAGUCAGUUGACGGGGACGAAUGUGAGGAUGAGCGCGGAGGUGUAAACGUACGAGAGAGAAUGAUUGCGCGUACGCGCCAUCGAUUUGUGGGAUUGAGCGCACAUUGGCACUAA